GAAUGCUAUGAGGGCCUAGACCCUGAGUUAUUAUCCCCGAGUAAGAUGCGUUACAUCUAGAACGUUUUAGAUACCUCGCGUACUUGCUGCUUGGUAAUUUCUCGCUCCUCUAGUACUCUACGUGCUCCUGGCUGUAGACUGAGUGGUGACAAACUAGGUUGCAUAUUCUACCCCUGGUACUUCCUGGUAUCCUGCGGAUUAUUUAUCGGCGUCAACGGCAUUAUCCGUCAGUCCUGGGGUGUCCGAGUCCUAGUUCGUGUACACUUCUUCACGCGUCUUAAAGAAGUCUCCAUGUCUGUUUUCUCUCGGGGAUACCGCGAACCGGUCCGGGUCGUUCCAGCGAAGACAGUGUCCAACAAGGCUUGAGUGAUCAUUAGUUGAGUGAUCUCUUGACGUAUAGGCCACCGGGACUAACUCCUGAUUUAUAAUCCCCUCCUGACACCUUCUUUCUGCAGCACCCGCGUUGGGGAAGUAUGGAGAAUCACGUCGGGAGUAACGGGUUCGUUUCGCAGGAUGAGAUCCCCAAAGUAGUUAAAGACGUCCUACCCGCCGAUCCCUUCGACCUUCUUAACUUAUCUCGACUAAUAGCCGCUCAGGCCUUCACGGCCCGUAUCCAUACCCUAGAAACCGAGGCCAGUCGGCUGAAGGGGAGCCUGGGAGAAAGCCAGUCGUCGAUUAAAGCGUUGGAGGCGAAAGUUGCGGACUUGGAAUCGACGGUGAAGGAUGCUAAUGAGAAGCGAGAGGCUGCAGAAGAGGAGCAGGCGAAGCUCACUGGCGAGAAGACCGCUCUCGUGGCGAUGGUCAAGAAGCUUAAUAGAGACGUCGCCAAGCUGGAGACGUUCCGCCGAACCCUCAUGCAGCAACUCAAGGACGAGAACGACGACGAACCUGCGUCCGAGGUGGGAGCUACGGAAAGUGCGGCUGUGACUGUAUCAGGUGCUGCAAGGAAGCCGCCAGUGCCGGAGCCAAGCGUCACGUCCGAGUCGAGUGCAUCUGUGCAGACGCAAACAGAUGUGUCUUCAUCAUUGGCAGCAGGCGUGGCGGGACCAGGGGCGGGCACGGCACUGAGAGUUGACCACGUGGCAAGAUCAACGGCUGCUGCUGGCUCUGCCACCGUGGCAUCUGCUAUGGAACAAGCAGCCCCUGCAGAGGAUGCAGCUCGGACCAACGCUGCUGCCAGCGGCACUUUACCCCCUAGCAGCAGCGUGAGCGCGAGCCUGCGGAAUCUAAGGACGCCCCAGCGAACUCCCUCCAUGACGCCCUCGCUCUUCUCCCCAGCCUUCACCCCUUCGGCUACUCCCCCCCACGGCUCCACUGCUGCGUCUCCCCGUGCUCGCACUGAAGGUCGAGCUCCUCGAGUGGACGGCAAGGAGUUUUUCCGGCGAGCAAGGAACCGUCUGUCCUACGAGCAAUUCAGCCUGUUCCUGGCGAACAUUAAGGAGCUCAACGCCCACAGGAAGACUCGCGAGGAGACUUUGAAGAAGGCAGAGGAGAUUUUCGGGCCCGACAACAAGGACCUCUAUGCCUCGUUCGAAACCCUGCUCAGCCGCCAUCUCCCCACAUAGCACCCUUCUUCACCGCACAGCACCGCACUGAACUGGAUUACACUGCACUGCGUAGAACCACACAGCACCCAAGGAGAUCUUUGGGCCAGAGAACGAGGACCUCUAUGCCUCGUUUGAGACCCUGCCCAGCUGCCACCUCCCCGCUUAGCAAUGCACUGCUCUGCACCGCAUCAAACUGCACAACACCACAUCGUAUGUAGCAGCAUCGCACCGGACAGCACCGCCUCAUACUGCUUAUCAACCAUGGGGAUGUUUGGGCCUGAUCAGGUGCUGCCUUCACCUAGAACAACUGGUACCCUUUCCCAUGGUGCUCUUGGUGCUCAUGGUGCUCAUGGUGCUCUUGGUGCUCAUGGUGCUCUUGUUACAGAUAGGGAUAUCUAUUUUCCCUUUGCCUUCGCAAGGAAUACACCCGCUGCAGCCAGCCUCCUCCGUUACCCUAGCGCGUCUUGUGACUAAAGCUGUAUUCUUUAGCAUUAGACUGGGAACACGGAAAUGGACUGCAUGCAUCAUUCUGGACAGGCUGGACAAAAGAGCAAAUUGACCAGAAAGAAUCUGCAAUAGUAUAACAUGCUAUUGUAUUUAUGGAA